AUGUCCCUCUCCGGCGCAGGAACAAUGAGCCUUUCCAUUGCGCUACCCGCCAUUAUGGCCGAUCUCAACGUGCCCGAGGCACAGUUGCAGUGGAUAUCCUCGGCAUUCGCACUCACGAACGGCUGCUUCCUCCUCCUCGCGGGCCGGUUGGCCGACGUGUACGGCCGCAAAAUGGUGUUCGUGGUGGGCAUCUCGUGGAACGCACUUUGGAACCUCGUCGGCGGAUGGAUGAAUAACACGGCGGGGCUUGUCGUGACCCGCGCGCUCGCGGGCGUCGGGAGCGCCGCCUGUAUCCCCGCAGGCAUAGGAAUUAUCGCAGCGACAUUCAGCGGCCGCACGCGGAGUAGCGCCUUUGCGGCCUUCUCGGCGGGCGGGCCUAUCGGCGGCGGCCUGGGCCUUAUUGUCGGAGGUCUCUUGACGGCGUACACGAGCGCCAGCUGGCGCGCAGCACUGUGGUGCUUCGGUGGCGUGGCAUUUGCUGUCGCGGUCGCAGGAUACCUCGUCGUCGUGCCCGACCGACACCUUGACACAGACCGGCGCGUCGACUGGAUUGGAGCGGCCAUUAUUACGAUUGGCCUCGUACUGUUGCAGUUCAGCAUUUCAGAUGCGGAGAGUGCAAGCAACGGGUGGAAAACUGGCUACAUCAUCGCACUCCUCGUCCUCUCCGUAUUGAUGAUCGCUGCGUUCUUCGUAUGGGAGCACUACGUCGAGACGCGCACCACGCGCCCACCACUCAUGCGCCUUGGGCUUUGGACACGCGCACGCGGCAAGCUUGCCGCGACAUAUCUUGUCGGCGGAAUUUGCUGGAUGGGCUUCACGAGCAUGUUUUUCAACGCCACGCUGUUUUAUCAGCAGGUGCAAAUGACUGGCACGAUUGGCGCUAUGCUCCGCUUCAUCCCCUGCUGUGUCUCGGGGCUGCUGUGCAACGUGCUAGUCGCCAAAGUUAUCCACCUAGUGCCUGGGCAGACAUUGAUCUGCAUCGGCAUCGCUGCGACCGGACUGGCGAAUGUUUUCUUUGCGAUCGCUCCUCGCGACGCCAUUUACUGGGGCCUCCCGUUCAACGCAAUGUGGAUGGUAGUCCUCGGCGCAGACUUCCUCAUGGCCGUCGGCUCCGUCUUCGUGUCCACUCUGGCCUUGCCCGAAGAACAGAGCGUGGCGGGUGCCGUGUUCCAGACCCUGGUUCAGCUCGGCGGCGCGCUGGGCCUCGCGUUCGUCGGCGUCGUCCAAACCACGAUUGCGCGCAAGGAGCAGCGCACGGGCGUGGAUCACGUCACGGCACUCCUGCAUGGGUUGCGGGGCGGCUUCUGGUUCGGCGCAGGGGCCGCGUUCACGGCUGGCAUUAUUGCGUUGGUCGUGUUGAGAGGUAUGGGCACAUAUGGGGGUAAGACGAAGGAGGGGAGCGAGACGGAGACGGAAAAAAGCAUUUCCGUGGAGGAGGUGGUGGAGAAACGCGGGGAGGAAAGAGUGUAG